AUGUCCAUGCAAAUACCACCAGAAGAUUUUGGUGCACAGUCACAAUUAAAUCCAGAACAACAUCAUGCUUUUAUAAAAAUAAUGCAAACAAUCGAUGCUGGAACAACUGCAAUAUUCUUUGUGUAUGGACCAGGGGGAACUGGAAAAACAUACAUAUACCAUGCAUUACUUAUCAAUGUUAGAUCAAGAGGUAUGAUAGGUUUGGCAACAGCAACCAGUGGCAUAGCUGCUUCAAUCUUACUAGGAGGACGUGUACCUGUAGUUCCAAAAUCAACUCGAGCAGAAAUUGUAAAUGCAAGCUUGGUCAAAUCAUAUCUCUGGCCUUUGAUGGAGAAGAUUCAAUUUACUAGAAAUAUGAGAGCAAGAACAGAUCCUACAUUCAGUGAGUUCUUACUUCGAGUGGGUAACGGUGAUGAACCAACAAUAAGAGAAAAAAUAAUCCUCCUCCCAGAACAAUUAACAAUCAAACAUUCCCAUGAUGGAAUUCCAGAAAAAUCCAUAAUAAAGGAGAUAUUUCAAAACCUGCAAGAAAAUGCUGCUAGAGCAAAAUAUGUCAUUGAAAGAGCUAUUUUAGCAAGCAGAAAUGACCAUGUGGAUAAAAUUAACAACAAUUUAAUAUCUCAAUUCCCAGGAGAAAUCAAGAUAUUCAAUAGCUAUGACUCAGCAGAAGAUGACACCAACAACUAUAACCAAGAAGAAUAUGUAAAUACUUUAACACCAAACGGUCUGCCACCACAUAGGUAUUGA